GCCGCCGCCGCCGGGCCGGGAGCGCCGUGCGCCCGCGGCGUGAGGCGUGGGAGGGAGCGCGGCCCGUGAGGCGCGGCGCCGCCCGGUCGUCGUCUGCCUUCGCCUGCCGGCGCCAGCGCUGCGCGAGUCCUCUCUGACUGCUGUGGGAAGAGGAAAGGGAAACUAGGAGUAUUUGUAAAUCAUCGUUUGACUUCCUCACAGAGUUAUGGAGGCCUUCUAAACUGUGAACAGACUGAGGUUCAGGAUGGAGAAAUGAUUCUUUCUUUGUCUCACCGGUAGAACUGGGCCUCCUCUGCGUCUUCCAGGUGCAAAUUCAGUGCCUUCCUCAGUUCCUCAGAGUCCUCCGGAGUAACGGAAGGGAGAAUAUGACAGAUACCUAGCAUCUAGCAAAAUAAUGGCAGCUGCUUACCUUGACCCAAACUUGAAUCACACACCUAAUUCAAGUACCAAGACUCACCUCGGUACCGGUGUGGAACGUUCUCCCGGGGCCAUGGAGCGAGUAUUAAAGGUCUUUCACUAUUUUGAAAGCAACAGUGAGCCAACCACUUGGGCGAGUAUUAUCAGGCAUGGAGAUGCCACUGAUGUCAGGGGCAUCAUUCAGAAGAUAGUGGACAGUCACAAAGUAAAGCACGUGGCCUGCUAUGGAUUCCGCCUCAGUCACCUGCGGUCAGAGGAGGUUCACUGGCUCCAUUUGGAUAUGGGUGUCUCCAAUGUGAGGGAGAAGUAUGAACUUGCACACCCACCAGAGGAGUGGAAAUACGAAUUGAGAAUUCGUUAUUUGCCAAAAGGAUUUCUAAACCAGUUUACUGAAGACAAGCCAACUUUGAAUUUCUUCUAUCAGCAGGUGAAGAGCGAUUAUAUGUUAGAGAUCGCUGAUCAAGUGGACCAGGACAUUGCUCUGAAGUUGGGUUGUCUAGAAAUACGGAGAUCGUACUGGGAGAUGCGGGGCAACGCUCUGGAAAAGAAGUCUAACUAUGAAGUAUUAGAAAAAGAUGUUGGUUUGAAGCGAUUUUUUCCUAGGAGUUUACUGGAUUCAGUCAAGGCCAAAACACUACGAAAAUUGAUCCAACAAACAUUUAGACAGUUUGCCAACCUUAAUAGAGAAGAAAGUAUUUUGAAAUUCUUUGAGAUCCUCUCCCCAGUGUACAGAUUUGAUAAAGAAUGCUUCAAGUGUGCCCUUGGUUCAAGCUGGAUUAUUUCAGUGGAGCUGGCGAUUGGCCCCGAAGAAGGAAUCAGUUACCUCACAGACAAGGGCUGCAAUCCUACACACCUGGCUGACUUCAAUCAAGUGCAGACCAUCCAGUAUUCAAACAGCGAAGACAAGGACAGGAAAGGGACGCUGCAGCUGAAGAUCGCAGGAGCGCCCGAGCCUCUGACGGUGACGGCACCGUCCCUGACCAUCGCCGAGAAUAUGGCCGACCUGAUAGACGGCUACUGCCGGCUGGUGCACGGGGCCACGCACUCUUUCAUCAUCAGGCCCCAGAAAGAAGGUGAACGGGCUUUGCCAUCGAUACCAAAGCUGGCCAACAGCGAGAAGCAGGGCGUGCGGACCCACGCGGUCUCCGUGUCAGAAACAGAUGAUUAUGCCGAGAUUAUAGACGAAGAAGACACCUACACCAUGCCCUCGACCAGGGACUACGAGAUUCAGAGAGAAAGAAUAGAACUUGGACGGUGCAUUGGAGAGGGCCAGUUUGGAGACGUGCACCAAGGUGCUUACACGAGCCCGGAGAAUCCAGCGUUGGCGGUUGCAAUUAAAACAUGUAAAAACUGUACUUCGGACAGCGUGAGAGAGAAGUUCCUUCAAGAAGCCUUGACGAUGCGUCAGUUUGACCACCCUCACAUCGUGAAGCUGAUUGGAGUCAUCACGGAGAACCCCGUGUGGAUCAUCAUGGAGCUGUGCACGCUGGGAGAGCUGAGGUCAUUUCUGCAAGUAAGGAAAUACAGUUUGGAUCUAGCAUCUCUGAUCCUCUAUGCCUAUCAGCUUAGCACAGCCCUUGCGUAUCUAGAGAGCAAAAGAUUUGUGCACAGGGAUAUUGCUGCUCGGAAUGUUCUGGUGUCCUCAAAUGAUUGUGUAAAACUAGGAGACUUUGGAUUAUCCCGAUAUAUGGAAGACAGUACUUACUACAAAGCUUCCAAAGGAAAAUUGCCUAUUAAAUGGAUGGCUCCAGAGUCAAUCAAUUUUCGACGUUUUACCUCAGCUAGUGACGUGUGGAUGUUUGGUGUGUGCAUGUGGGAGAUCCUGAUGCUCGGCGUGAAGCCCUUUCAAGGCGUGAAGAACAACGACGUGAUCGGCCGCAUUGAGAACGGGGAGAGGCUGCCCAUGCCGCCGAACUGCCCUCCCACCCUCUACAGCCUCAUGACCAAGUGCUGGGCCUACGACCCCAGCCGGCGGCCCCGCUUCACUGAGCUCAAAGCUCAGCUCAGCACAAUCCUGGAGGAAGAGAAGGUCCAGCAAGAAGAACGGAUGAGGAUGGAGUCCAGAAGACAGGUCACAGUGUCCUGGGACUCCGGAGGGUCCGAUGAAGCGCCGCCCAAGCCCAGCAGACCUGGUUAUCCUAGUCCGAGGUCCAGCGAAGGAUUUUAUCCCAGCCCACAGCACAUGGUACAAACCAAUCACUAUCAGGUCUCUGGCUACCCUGCUUCACAUGGAAUCACAGCCAUGGCUGGCAGCAUCUACCCGGGUCAGGCAUCUCUUUUAGACCAAACAGAUUCCUGGAAUCACAGACCACAGGAGAUAUCGAUGUGGCAGCCCAACGUGGAGGACGCCGCGGCUCUGGACCUGCGCGGCAUCGGGCCGGUGCUGCCAGCCCACCUGAUGGAAGAGCGGCUGAUGCGGCAGCAGCAGGAGAUGGAGGAGGAUCAGCGCUGGCUGGAGAAGGAGGAGAGGUUUCUGGUAACCAGUCUCAGGGUGUCCUUCCGCUCUGUAAGCCCUUGGGAGCCUGCCGUGCUGCAGAAGAUGGUAGAGCUCAUCUUUUCCAAAGAGAAACCUGACGUGCGGCUCUCUCGAGGCAGUGUGGACAGGGAGGAUGGAGGUCCUCAGGGCCCGACUGGAAACCAGCACGUAUACCAGCCUGUGGGGAAACCAGAUCCUACAGCUCCACCAAAGAAACCACCGCGUCCCGGAGCCCCCGGGCACCUGGGCAGCCUCGCCAGCCUCGGCAGCCCCGGGGACAGUUACAACGAGGGUGUCAAGCUUCAGCCCCAGGAAAUCAGCCCCCCUCCCACUGCCAACCUGGACCGGUCCAAUGACAGGGUGUACGAGAACGUGACGGGCCUGGUGAGAGCGGUCAUCGAGAUGUCCAGCAAGAUCCAGCCAGCCCCGCCGGAGGAGUACGUCCCCAUGGUAAAGGAAGUCGGCCUGGCCCUGAGGACGCUGCUGGCCACCGUGGAUGAGACCAUCCCUGUCCUGCCCGCCAGCACCCACCGAGAGAUUGAAAUGGCCCAGAAGCUGCUGAACUCUGACCUGGGGGAGCUCAUCAACAAGAUGAAGCUGGCCCAGCAGUACGUCAUGACCAGCCUGCAGCAGGAGUACAAGAAGCAGAUGCUGACGGCCGCGCACGCCCUGGCCGUGGACGCCAAGAACCUGCUGGAUGUCAUCGACCAGGCCAGACUGAAGGCGCUGGGGCAGACGAGGCCACACUGAACGCGGGGCCUGCCCUCUGCCCUGUCCCCACCAGCAGCAAGGCUCUGCCCGGCCGGGUGCCGGCGCUCACGGCGCCAGCGUUCUGACUGACAGCUGGUUGAAAAUCUCACAUAAGUUUAACCGCAUUUUGAUUUGGGUUGUUUCUGUCUUGGUUCUUUAAUCACGGUGUUCAGAGAAGUCCGGGAUCCAAAGUGUGGCAUUUUUCUGAGAAUAAAAAUUGUACGUGAGAAGCUUUUAACAAAUCAUGAAGAACAGAUUUUGUUCACAUCAGGAUAUGCUUUCGUGGAAGUGGCCAAGGCAGGGGUGCGGUGAUUCCUGAACUGGCCAGGCUGCGCUUUGGAAGAAGAGAGGAGGAAGUGGAGGCUUCCAGGAAACCCAAGGGGCUGAGAAUUCCUUUGCCAACUGCAGGCUUACUAUCCAGACUGGAAUUUUUGUUGUUAGAACACUCUUCAGUCGCGAUAUGCUAAUACCACUUUACGAAGGAAGAAUAUAAAAGCUAUAUUUUGAAGACUUGAGUAAUUUCAGAAAAAAAAACUACACCCCUCUCGUCUUUCCUGCCUUUUACUUUCAUGUGGGUAUGUGAAGCAUUUGGUUGGAAACUAGCUGUAGAACACACUAAAAACUUUUGUCUUUUUUCACCAGAAUAAUGUGCCAGUUUUUUGUAGCGAUGUUAUUUCUCUUGGAAGCAGAAAUGCUUUGUACCAGAGCACCUCCAAACUGCAUUGAGAAGACGUUCUGGAACCAUCCCUGUUUUCCAUUUUUAUAUAAUUUAUAAAGAAAGAUUAAAGCCAUGUUGACUAUUUUACAGCCACUGGAGUUAGCUAACCCUUCCUUGUGUCUGUCUUCCCAGGAGAGAAUUGGGCAAAACAGAGAUUUGGUUUCCUUUUGGGUGUCCAGUUUUACCAUCCAGUCUGUUAAAUAAUUUUGAAAAAUAUGCCCUCCCUUUAGUUUGUUGGGGGAUAUAAAUUAUUCUCAGGAAGAAUGUAAUGAACUGUACAGUUACUUUGGCCUAUUAAAAAGGUGUUACCAGUAAA